AUGGAUCUCAGCUCAAUAACAGGCAAGGGCCCGUCCGCGCUCAGCGGUGCCACCUCGGCAGAGCGCAAGGAGGCCAUCAAGCAGCAGGUCUCCUCCGAACUGGCCAUGGCCAACGCGCAGCAGCUCAUCACCAAGGCCACCGAAAAGUGCUACAUCAAGUGCAUCCCCGCGCCAGGAGCAAGUCUGUCGGGCAAGGAACAGACCUGCCUCACACGAUGCAUGGAGAGGUACUUUGAGGCUUUCAACAUUGUCUCGUCGACGUACGUCAGGAGGGUCGGAAACGAGCGGGCGGCAGGCGCCGUUGCUGAGGCCGGUCUCUAG